CUGCGAAGAGGCACAUAACUAUUGGGUUCAAGUGCGAUUAAAACUUUGCCUCAGUUGCUGAAGGCUACACUAGCAGAUAUACACAACACAGAAUGUCAGACAAAGUUUUAUUGAGUUUGCUAUUAAGUUGCCUUUUUGUUUCCUGGAAAGUCGUAAUUGGCUCGGCAUCGUAUUCUGUAGUAUAUAACCCGAGAAGGGGACUCGCCGACUGUUCCCAGUGCACGUGCGGUGAAGUGAACUCAGCAGAUUUUCGGGUCGUAGGUGGCAAUCAGAGUGAUGUUAGCGCUUAUCCCUGGAUGGCGGCGUUGUUCCUCGGUGACGUUUUCACAUGUGGCGGAAGCUUGAUCAACGACAGAUACAUUCUGACAGCGGCUCACUGUGUGAUACGAGUGAAACCGGAGGAUUUGGAUGUAUUUUUGCGGAGACCCAGCAUUGCUGCUAUCAAUCCCGGAAUGGUACAACGAAAGGUUGAAUCUAUCUCCAUAGCCCAUUAUCAGGGGAUUAGAAAUAACAAUGAUAUAGCACUUCUGAGACUGCAGAAUGUCGUACCAAUAGGAUCCAAUCUGAUUCCCAUAUGUUUACCAGAUGGAAUGGACACCUAUCAGGGGAGACAGGCAAUGGUCAUUGGUUGGGGAAGAACGGCCCAUGGUCACUUGUCGGAGACGUUACAACAGUUAACGGUGCCGGUUCUGUCCAAUCAGGAGUGCAAACGUGCUGGUUACUUUCGAUUUCAAAUCACCAAUCGUAUGAUGUGCGCCGGCUAUCUGGAAGGAGGCCAGGACUCAUGUCAGGGUGACAGCGGUGGCCCGCUCCAGUUUAUCAACCCAGCCAUCGGUCGUUACGAAAUCAUCGGGGUCGUGUCCUGGGGCCAGUCGUGCGCCCAACGCAACUAUCCUGGCGUGUAUGCACGGGUCACGAAAUUCGUGGGAUGGCUGAAAAGCAAAAGUCGUGAUGCUUGCUGGUGCCAGUGACAAAAAAAAAUUGUGUCGACUUUUCACCCCAGGGCAUAUGAAAACAUCUGAAUAAAUAACGACAAAUGAGCUACAUA